CCAGCCUGAGCCAUGGAGACCUGGGAGGAGCUGCCCGGCGUGGCCAUGGCACUUACACAUUCCAAGGCCCCUCAGGUGAAGAUGUCGGCCCAGGAGAGCUGUCUCAGCUUCAUCAAGUACCUCCUCUUCGUUUUCAACCUCUUCUUCUUCGUCCUGGGCGGUCUGAUUUUCUGCUUCGGCAUCUGGAUACUCGUCGACAAGACUAGCUUUGUGUCCUUUGUGGGCUUGUCCUUCGUGCCCCUGCAGAUCUGGUCCAAGGUCCUGGCCCUCGCCGGCAUCCUCACCAUGGGCCUCGCCCUCCUGGGCUGUGUGGGUGCCCUCAAGGAGCUCCGCUGCCUCCUGGGCCUCUAUUUUGGGAUACUGCUGCUCCUGUUUGCCACAGAGAUCACCCUGGGAAUUCUCAUCUCCACUCAGCGGGUCCUGCUGGAGCGCAAGGUGAAGGACAUCGUGAUGGAGACUAUCCAGAACUAUCGCACGAACCCAGAGGACACCGAGGCAGAAGAGAGUUGGGACUAUGUGCAGUUCCAGCUGCGCUGCUGCGGCUGGAACUCUCCAGAGGACUGGCUGCCGAUGUCCACCCCCGGCAGCAACGAGUCGGAAGUGCACCGCGUCCCCUGCUCCUGCUUUAACUCAUCUUUGACCAACAACUCCACCAUCUUCGACAACAUCUCCUUCCCCCAGCUCAGCCGGUUCCAACCACUGGCGCGGCCCCAACACAGCACAGACCUUUGCACGGUCCCCGCAAGCAGCCACAUCUACCCCGAGGGCUGUGCGCGAAGUCUCCAGAAGUGGCUGCACAACAACCUCAUCUCCAUAGUGGGGAUCUGUCUGGGCGUCGGCCUCCUCGAGCUCAGCUUCAUGAUGCUGUCGAUAUUCCUGUGCAGAAACCUGGACCAAGUCUACGACCGCCUCGCUCGGUACCGCUAGGCCUCCCCACACCCCACCCGACCCUGCCCUCCCCAAGACCCAGCCCUGCACACGUGGCCACCGCCUGUAAAUAAUUUUUUUAUAUCUAGUUUGCCCCCAGCCCUUGAGCCCUCUGCCUUCUCACUCCCCUGGGAACCCAGGUGUCUGCCAGCCCCACUGCUGUCCCCUCUCCUCUCCCCCAGGACCUGGGGCUUCCGGCCACCAGUUUCCUGCCCCCAAAGAUAACCUCAUUUCCUUGACUCAUCACCCCCCUCCCACAAGGUGAUUUCCCCACCCCAAGCUCAAAUAAAUCCCCUGUGUUUUGGUAAAAUAGCUUUAUCCUCUGUCAGAACACAAACCAACAUUCUGUGGGAGGGAGAGGGAAGCAACAGUCUAGCCAGUGGCUCAGGGAGAAGAGACGAGAUGGAAAAGCCUCACCCUGCUCCAUGCCCAGCUGAGAAAAAGUCACAAC